ACAUAAUUUGGAUUCGUCUAUUAUAUUCAGAAUGGUGAACGCGCUCCUUUUAGUUAUAAUUUCAUUGUUUAUUGUAGACUGUAUAUCAUUCAAAAUGCUUGAUAAAUUUGACUGCGCUCUUCCCAGUCAGUAUAGAAUGAAAGCAUGCCUGAACAAGGACCCCUGUUGCUCUGUUCUGCCCGUGUUCGAAAAGGACUGUUUCACAGGAUGUCAGUUGGAUUGUCGGAAUUCUAUUUUCUGCAAGCGGACUUGUCCUGUUUUAGAAAAGUCUGAAGUACAGGACUGCGUCAAUACCGAUCCGUACUGUUUUGUUGAAAAAAUAAUUCAACCUAAAGAUGGCAAGGAGUGCUUCAGUGGUUGUAUUAAGGCCUGUUCCUGAUUACUUCUGUAGACUUGACUGUGUUACUAAUCAUAGCUUUCUGUGUAAUUAAAACUUGUCUAACACG